CACUCGGACGUAGUGGAGUGACCUUGUCCUCGAGCUCUGCAGACCAAGGACAAGAGGAGUUUGAAGACAUUUGUCUUGGAGAAGACGAAAUACGGGAUGGCGGAUGACAUUGGUGAUGAGGAAUGCAGCGGCACUUACACCAGCCUGGUGCCUCCACUCACCUCAUACUGCCAAGAUAUUGUCGACCAACACAGCUGCUCAAAAUGUGAGUCUCCAUCAGCCGCGUUCCUCUGCUGUAACGAGGAAUGCUCUGUGGUCCUUUGCAAUGACUGUGCGGACAAACACGAACAUGGUGAACUGAUCGAUGUCAGGAAAUCAGUCGGGCAUAUGAGGAUGUUUAUAGCAAACAACGGCCGCAGCAUCAAGGAACAGUUAGGAAAGACAUUGAGCAGGCAUGCGGAGCUCGAUUUUGAAAAGACACUAAAAUUAGAAUCGACUGCAGCAGUGAAAGCCGAGGUAAACCAGUGGGCGAAACGAUUGCAUGAUCUCAUUAAUCAGGAGCAUCAGAAACUGGUCACAGAGAUUGAAACAACAGAACAGGAGUAUAAAGAGAUCAUGGAAGAGACGGAUAAGAAACUGAAAGACUUUGAGAUCAAGUUGAAGGAGAUGUAUCAAGGCUUUACAGACUUCCAAUGUGACAAGCUACAGGUUGAGGACGUCUGGAUGCUAUUCUCAGACUUAUCUGAUCCAGAGUUUCCUAAUACUCUGAGAAAUAUUGCAGGGAAUACAAAAGCCCCGCGUUGGGACCUGCGGACUAUCGCGUUUAAGAAGAAUGAAAAGGUCUUGAAGUAUCUUGAGAUGACCCCUGUUCUUUUAGGGGAGGUGUCCAAGGUGACCCAAAUCUGUUGCAAUAUACCAAGUGAUCAGUUCCCGAGCAGUAUGGCCUCGAUAGCGCUCAUUGAUGAUGAUAAGUUAGUCGGUGUCAUCGAUCGCGCAAACCGAGGCAUCAAAUGUUUCCCGCAUCCGUCCCAUGUGACGCUGGCGGGAAGGGAGACCAAGAUGAAGAUGUUUACCGGGGACGGUGAAUUCAAACUGCAAGGCCCUGAGGCCAUUUGUCACAACCCGGGUCAAAGGUCAGCAAUGAUUGUGUCAGACGUGCGCGAGAACUGCCUCAUUGGUUUCAACACAGAUGGUCAGGGCCUUUGGAAGCUGGAAGUCGAUGACCCAAAGUGCCUGUGCAUAUCGGGGAAGAAAUUAUACGUAGGUUCGAACCGGAGGGUGUACGUGUUCAACCGGAGCGACCAAUUGAAACGCUCGGAUAUCAAGAAGCUACGCCAUUCACCGAUUUCGUUAGCCGUGGCCCGAAAUGGCAACGUGGGCACCUGCGACAAGGAGGGGAAAUUCCAUCUCCUGAAUCAUGAUUUUAAAGAACUGCAAACCAUCGAGGGGGAAUUUGACGGUGGGGUGUUGGCCUGUCGUCGUGUUUGUGUUACAAAGGAGGGCGACAGGUUCUUAGCUUACGACGAGAAUUCAAAACGAAUCGUUGAGAUUUCCGCCAACGGGCAGCUCCUUCGGACGGCUGCCCGAGAAGGUGACCCGGGCAUGGACGUCUGCCCGUCCGAGUUCACCGUCACAAAAAAGGGACACAUUCUAGGAGGAUGUAAACAACUGGUUAAGAAUUACCCCCUGUCAAAGUUACCCUCGCCAAGUGGCGUUUUGCGUUCUAUUAAAAAUUAGAUAAUACGUCAUAGGCCUACAAGAUGAGCCCAGAUCAAACACGAUUAUCUGCAAUCUCAAAAACGGCAGGCAAACAUUUCUGCCGUUACAGAUUACUGACUACAAUAUAAAACCAUUGAUACUCAAGUUUCACUGCUCUAAGACUGCUUUAUUACUCAUGACAAGGUCAACAACAACGUCAAGCUGAAUAUGACGUCAUGACAAUCAGACUGCUUGGUGUCGCCACCCAAUUGUCUAUCCAAAUUGAACGGCAUCGAAUGACGAUGAGUUCACUUUGAGGCUCGACUUAAAUAUUCAGAAAGAGUCUUAUAUCAGUAAAACUAGAGUAUUUCCAACCUUUCAAUUUUCAUUCUUGCAAUAAACUGUCAUGAAAACUGGAUAUGACAGGAGACCAGAACACAACCUGCAAACUGCAGCAAAUGAACAUUAACCAGAAGUGUGAAUGGAUGGGUCACUCAAGAAAUCAAGUUAUUAAAGGGCUACAAGUCCAAAGACAAAAUCAAAUGUACGGUAUUCACAUG